UAAAAAAAAAAAAAAAAAUAAAUAAUUUAUUUUUUUUUAUUAUUGCUUUCCCCGCAACUAAUAAUAAUAUUCAACACCCCCACUCUUCUUCUUUAAUAUAAUGUUGGCCGCAUCUCGUAAAGCCAUUAUUAACACAGUCUCUAAGGCAACUUAUACUACUGCUGCUACUGCUAAUGCACUUCAAUUCACUACUGCAGCUAAUGGCGUCAAGGUAGCUUCAAGCCAAGAACCAGGCCAAGCUGUUUCCUUAGCAGUCGUCAUCAAUGGCGGUUCUAGAGCUGAAUCUGGCAAAAAUGCUGGUGUUGCUCAUUACUUGAAAAAUUAUGGUUUCAAGAACAAUACUAAUCGUACUGCUUUCCGUAUUUCUCGUGAAGCUGAACUUGCUGGUGGUGUUUUAUCUUCCAACCUUUCUCAUGAAACUCUUGUUUAUUCUGCUGAAUUUUUAAAGGAUGAUGUUGAAUUAUUUGCAGAACUUUUGGGAGAUGUUGUAUCCAAGCAAAAAUAUCAGGAACAUGAGUUUAUUGAUGUUGCAAAUCAAACAAUUGGCGAAUCUGCAAACGCUUAUGCUGAUUCUGAAGUGAGAGCUAUUGAAGUAGCCCAUCAAACUGCAUUCCGUACGGGUCUUGGCAAUUCUAUCUUUGCUAAACCUACUUCACAUGUCAAUAAUGCUGCUGUUAAAGCAUUUGCUCAAGAGCUCUUUACUAAAGGUAACAUUGCCCUUGUAGGUACUGGUAUUGAUCAUGAAUACCUUCAAACCUUGGCUGAGACUUAUUUCAACUUGCCUCUCGGUCAACUUUCAUUACCUGCAACUCAAUAUUAUGGUGGUGAUUCUCGUGUCGAAUCUGGUUCCAAGAAUAAUCAAUACGUAGUUGCUUAUGAAGGUGCUGCAUUAAAUACAUCUGAAUAUGCUGCUCUUCAAGUUCUUCGUUAUGCUCUUGGAGGCGAUGUGAAUAUUAAGAACACAGAAGGUUCUGGUCUUCUUUCUCAAGCUGCCAUGAAGUUCACCGAAGGUACACACAUGAAGGCCUUCAACAUGGGUUACUCUGAUGCCGGUCUUUUCGGUAUUCAAGUCACUUCUGAUUCUGCUACUAAUACAGGUGUUGCUAUUGCUGCUGCUGUUGAACAAUUAAAGGCUGCUACUAAGAAUCUUUCCGGUGAUAACUUUAACAAAGCUCUUGCUCAAGCUAAAUAUGCUACUACUGCUGGCUUCCAAACUCGUCUUGAUCGUCUUGAAACUCUUGGUGCUCAGGCUCUUUAUUCCGGUAAGAAUAUUUCAGCUUCUGAAUACGCUGCAGCAGUAUCCAAGGUUUCUGCUUCUGAUGUUGCUAAGGUUGCCGAGAAAUUGUCCAAGAGUAAGCCUACUACUGUUGCCCUCGGUGAUCUCUCUAACUUACCUUAUGCUGAUUCUAUCUCUUUGUAAUUCUAUUAUUAUUAUUAUUUUUUCUAAACAAAGAAAAAAAAAGAGAGAAAGAGAGAGAAUAAUUAUAUACAAAUAUUAAAAAAAAAGGUUAUACAUAAAACAAACAGAUACACAUGUUCUCUUUUAUUAUUUAUUUAUACAUGAAUAUAUAAAGAUGAUGAUCUAGAUAAAAUAGGUCCCCCCCUUUUUUUUUCUUUUCUUUUUGUGUGCUAGAAAUUAGUUGCCAUA